AUGUUUCCAGUGGGGACGGGGAAGACAGCGUCACUCGCACCGGCAGCAUGCCUCGUCGAGUCGGCUUCCUGCCAGGCAGUCCUGACAGCGAUGAUGAGGAGCCGAAAGCAAGGCCAGCCAAAGCCGUGCCGCGACGUGGCCGUGGUGGUCAGACCAUGGUGGUGGAAGACCUCAUGCAGCAAAACCAAUCGACAGAGCCUUAUCGCCAGUGACGUGCUGGAAGAGGACCUGCGACGGCUGCAGGUAAACUACCAGAAGCUGCAGGAGCAAGACGACUCAGAGGAAGACGAAGAGGGUGAAGGAUCUGAAAGGAAACCCAAAAGAAAGUCCAGGAAAUGCAGUUCGAUCAGAGAUGUCGAUGAAGUGGUUCCAGACGAAGAAAUCUCCGAUCCAGAUCUACAUCAGCAGGCCGAUGAGAUUGAAGAACUGCGGCAAGCUUUGCGCACGGCACAGAGAGAGGCUGCCAAGCAACUGCAGACACUGGAAGCAGAAGUAGAGUCAAAGAAGCAGGAGGUGGAGGAAAGAAGGGCUGCAGAGCAGGUGGCAAAGUCAAGCGCUGCACAAAGCGAAAGCAAGUGCAAGGUCCUGCAAGAAAGGCUUCAAGUUAUGGCGGAGGAAAAUGACAAGACGGAGAGAGAGUAG